CACACUCCAGACCAGGUGGUGGCGGUAAUGCACCAUUCUGCUGUUUGCAUCUGCUAUUAAAAAAAUAAGUUAAAGAAGAAAAAAACACGGCUGUUGAGCUCUGUGGCGGCCAUAGCAGGUGGAAGGUUGUAUGUAGUUGCUGGAUCCUGUGGAGGAGGAGGAGUGGUGCCAUAUUCCCCUUUUGUCCUCUCAUGUCCCCUCGUGUGUUACCCUGUGUAUUAGUGACCCCAAACCCCCACCCACCUCCUUUCCUGAGCUCUCCUGUUGUGUUGCCACUCAAGUCCUAAGCCCCCCUCAUACCCCAUGCUUGGGACAAAGCUGGCUCACUGCAACACCAAUGACUGCCUGGAUUGUCCUGCCUGUCAGCCUGGCUGCCUUCUCCAUCACAGGAAUAUGGAUAGUAUAUUACAUGGCUGUGAUGAAUCACCAUGUGUGUCCCGUGGAGAACUGGACCUACAAUGCUACGUGCACAGAAGACUUGCCCCGACCAGGCUUCCCGAAGGCAUGCUGCACCAUCCAGGACAUUCCUCUCAUCAGUAAAUGUGGCUCUUACCCUCCUGAAAGCUGUCUCUUCAGCCUGAUAGGGAACGUUGGAGCCUUCAUGGUGGUGAUGGUGUGCUUCCUGCGCUAUGCUCAGAUGAUAGAACACAGUCACCAAGGUUUGGUUAACACCAGUGCGCUGGUCUCUGGCUGCAUCAACGCCAUCGGUUUGGUCAUGGUGGGAAACUUUCAGGUCGAUCAUGCCAAAUCUCUUCAUUACGUUGGUGCUGGCGUUGCGUUUCCAGCAGGACUGCUGUUUGUGUGCCUGCAAUGUGUGCUCACCUACAGGGUGGCCAUGACCACUCUGGACUACUGGAUGGCUCACUUCAGGGUGGCUUUGUCGUUGGGAGCCAUGAUAUCGCUUGUCCUCAGUGGCAUCUUCUUCAUCCAUGAGAGUUUCCUCCUCCAGCAUGCUGCAGCCAUCUGCGAGUGGAUCUUCACUGUGGACAUCCUGAUCUUCUAUGGUACUUUCACCUACGAGUUUGGCACCGUCACCAGAGAGACCAUGAUGGCGGGCCUGCAGAUGAGCCAGCACACCUCAGGGGUCAUGAUGGGCCCCGGCUCCCACAGCUCUACACUGGCCAGCGCCACCAAGGGCCUCAAGUCUCCUGGUGGAAGCAGCACAUCAACGCAUCUCAACUGUACUCCAGAGAGCGUAGCUAUGUUGUAGCUCCACAGAAGGAAUGUGGACAGUCCCUCAAUGGACUUCCACUGAAAAGAUGCAACGGUAGAAGAAGCAUGGGGAAGAAGAGGGAGAGUUCCUGUAUGUUAACCUUCUAACCAACACCAGGUAUCUCCAUUGAUAUUGCUGUACAAUCUUUUCUUUUCAUCCCUGCUGCAAAGAAAGUGUUUGAAGAAGCUCAGAAUGUCUAAAGAGAGCUUGAGCACUGCAGCCAUGAAUGUUUGGGGUAAAUUAAGUAUGGAAAAAGAGUGCUGCCUGGAUGGAUUUCUCUCUAUUUUUCCCAAUUAUAUUUCAAACCAUUGUCUUCAUAAAAAGACAAAUCUCCCAUUUUUAAUCCUGCCCACCUGCUUUGCAUUUUAUAUUUUUUGCACGGCACACCUGCUGAGAGGAAAACUACAUUUUUUGUUGGAAUUUUGUAAAGGAAAUAGAAAAUAGUGAAUGUCUGAGAAGUAAAUAAAGUACACUUCACUGGCUGCAAGUUCACGGUCAGUCUAAUCAGUGCUGCAUCAACUGUCCCAUUCACUUCAAUCUUUAUAAGUUGCACUAAAAAUUUUGACUCAAAUGAUAACAUUUUUGCAAGAUCUUACAAAACGUGAGAUUGGAUAAGUGCAUUUAAUGCCAGUAGAGGUAAAUUGAUGUUUUGUGUGUGUGUGUAAUGACUCCUGUGGUUACGGAUUAAUUCACGUGCUGCAUGAUCCGAGUUCCUUUGUAACAUUGACAUUUCACAUUAACCAUUUUUACGUCACAAUGCAAUAAUUGUCCUCAAUGAUCUACUAUUUGAUGCUUCACAGGAACAAGUUAUGCCUUUUUUUCCCGUGUGUUCGAGGAGAGCACAGGGCUCUUGUUGUUUGAUAGAUAUUUGAAGUGACCUCUUCUGAUAGGUUGUAAAGGUGAAAUGAUAAUGUAAGUGUUGCAUAUGUUUAGUCCGAACACUGCUCCGACUCCAGGCUGGAACCUUGGAAGCCUUAUUUGAUGCAAAAGAAAAUCUUUUCUAUUAAGUAUGACAUCAUGUGACACUUUUGUAAAAGUUGCACAGAGGAUUUUCUUUACAAAGGUGUGCCCAAUCAAGAUACUGCCAUACAGUGUGUAAACAGUGCUUACAUUUCCUGUUCAACUUUUAUUUUCAUAAAGAAUUUUCUGCGGAGACUGCA